AUGGAACGUUGGGGUCAUUCACAUCUAGUGUUGAUUUGGGGUCGAAUGGGAAAACAUAUCGGUGGUGCAGAUGAGAUCAAACGGCUUCACGAGGAUGGAACUUUGUUUAAGUUUGUGAAGGAUUUUCCUGUUAUUGAUCCUGGGUUUUUUUUUUUUUGCGAUAAUUGUGGGGAUGCAAGAUUUUUUGCCAUGCCCAAAUUGCAGUGGGAGCAGGAAGGAUUGUCAGUUUUCACAUCAGGUUAA